AUGACUGUUUCAGCUACAUUCCCCUCCUCAUCAGUCACACUGAUAGAUUCCUACGAGUCGUCCACAUUCAUGUUCCUGGUGUUUGAUCUGAUGCGACGUGGGGAGCUCUUUGACUACCUGACGGAAAAAGUAACCCUGAGUGAGAAGGAGACCAGGUGCAUCAUGCGAGCGCUGCUGGAGGCAGUGACCUACUUGCACGCCAGCCACAUCAUCCACCGUGACCUAAAGCCUGAAAACAUCCUCAUGGACGAUCAGCUCAAUAUAAAGCUCUCCGACUUUGGGUUCUCCUGCCGGCUGGAGCCAGGGCAGAAACUGCGGGAGCUGUGCGGGACCCCUGGGUACCUAGCCCCAGAGAUCCUCAAGUGCUCCAUGGAUGAGACACACCCGGGCUACGGCCAGGAAGUGGACCUGUGGGCAUGUGGUGUGAUCUUCUUCUCCCUGCUAGCCGGCUCGCCCCCGUUCUGGCACCGCAAGCAGAUGCUGAUGCUGCGCAUGAUCAUGGAGGGGCACUACCAGUUCAGCUCUCCGGAGUGGGAUGACCGGUCUGACACCGUCAAGGACCUGAUCUCACGGCUUCUGCGGGUGGAGCCGUCGGAGCGGCUGACGGCAGAGCAGGCCCUGCAUCAUCCCUUCUUCGAGCGCUGCGUGGGGCGCCCGGUCCGGAUGUUUAGCCCCUACCGCCGGUUCAGGGUGCUGGUGUGGACGGUGCUGGCCUCCAUCCGCAUGUUCAACAACUACCGGGUGCGCACGCGGCCGGUGACGCGGGAGCUGCUGCUGCGCGACCCCUACGCACUGAAGGGCGUGCGCAAGCUCAUCGACGCCUGCGCCUUCCGCAUCUACGGCCACUGGGUGAAGAAGGGCGAGCAGCAGAACCGCGCCGCCCUCUUCGAGAACCUGCCCAAGGCUCUGCUGCUGGUCCUGCUGGGCGCCGAGGGCGAGGGGGUGGAGCUGGGCCAGGGCGAGAGGGCGGAGCACCACUGCAGCACCACUGCUCCUCUCCAGUAG